UGACAAGAUAGAAAAUGCAUACAAAUUUUCCCAUAGUUCAGUACAGGAGUGUCUCUUUAGUGUUUUGUUUAAUUUUGAUCCAAUAAAAAUGAUCCAAAUGUGUCAUCCGUCCCUACUUCUUACAUUGACGACAUGUACAAACCCCAAAAGUACACAAGUCCUCAUAGAACAACGAUUGUUUAAAUAUGUUGCCCGCCGCAUUGCAAAUAUAAUUAGAGAAAGGUCUGUAAUUGGAUAUUCCUCCAUAUCAUCACUGGAAUUAUGGAAUGAUUCAAACUUCCAUGAGCACGUAUUACUAUCUGAAGAAUGCACUUUGAAGUUUAAAACUUGCCGUGAUACCAACGGUGACUCAAUGAUUGUUCACUUUUCGAAGGUGGGAAAUAAGCGGUGGGUUGAAUAUUUACUUCCGAAUUCAGAAAAAAGACAAAGAUACAGAUCAAUUAACGCUGCUUGCUCAAAAAAUCAACCAAAUAUUGUUAAUCUCAUUUUGUCAUCUGAUGUGGAAUGUGAUCUUCAAACAUGUUUUUAUGCUGUACAAAGUGGCAAUAUAGAGUUAUUGCUCCGAGUUUGUGAGUUUGUUGAUCUUCAUCAAAUUUCCCAUUCCUUACAUCCUACCUGGAGUCAUAUAAGACAUAGCUUACUGAAGGAAAUAUGUUUUAUGCAACAAACACAAUUAAUUGAACAAGUUCUAGCAAAAUAUCCAUUCCUUGUAGAUAUAAUGGACUGCCAGGGCUCCAACUCUUUACAGUCUGCAGCAAGUUCUGGAGACAAACAUGCAUUUAAUCUUCUGUUAAAGUUUGGCUUUGAUCCAUAUGAAAAAGAUCGAGACAAUGGUCACACGGUUCUUACUUGUGCUUGUCAGAAAGGAAGAACAGAUAUGGUGAAAUACCUUGUUGAUAAAUAUCCUGCAUUACUCCAGGAACACACAGAUAUUCAUGGAAAAAGUCUUUUGCAUUGGGCAGCUUUCAGUGGAAACAUAGAUAUGUUUGAAUACAUACUAGACAUCUUUGAGAAUGAAAAUAUAUUACAUUUAUCAAGAGCAGUUAAACCACAAGUAGAUGGAAAAGAUAAUUCAGGUGAAUCUAUCCUGCACUUUGCAUGCGAAAAUGGACAUUAUGAUAUGUGUAAAUAUCUGUUGAGAAGAUACCCACAAUUACUGGAUGUCUGUGACAAUGAUGGGGCAAAUGUCCUCCACUCCGCAGCUGUAGGAGGCAACGUAGAUCUUUUUAAGUUUCUCUCAAGUAAAGGAUUAAAUGUUAACUGUACAACAAAUACUGGGAAGACUGUGUUACACAUGAGUUGUAAUGGGGGUAGAGAGGAAAUGUGUAGGUAUCUUGUGAAUAUGUAUCCAAGUUUAAUAUCGAUUACAGAUAAUAACAGAUGGACAGUGUUACAUUCAGCUUGCUUUGGUGGAAGUGUAGAAAUUGUGUCUUUUCUUAUAGAAAAAGAAAUGGACAUUAAUACCUUGUCAAAUGAUGGUAAAACUAUUCUGCAUAUAGCUUGUCUCAAUGGGAAACAUGAAAUUUGUGAGUACUUAGUUGAGAAUUAUUCCCAUCUAUUAGACGUCAGGGACAAAUCUAGUAAUACAGCAUUGCAUGCUGCAGCCUGGGGAGGCAAUGUUCAAAUAGUAAAACUAUUGAUUGAGAAAAAGAUGGACAUCUAUUCUGUACAGAAAGGUGGUGAAACAAUUUUACAUCAAUGCUGUCGUUUUGGUAAAAUGGAGAUGUGUGAACAUUUGGUCGAUAAUUUUCCAGAUUUAUUGGCGAUAAGGGACACUGAGGGGUGGACAGUGUUACAUUCAGCUUGCUGUGGUGGAAGUGUAGAAAUUGUUUCUUUUCUUAUAGAAAAAGGAAUGGACAUUAAUAUCUUGUCAAAUGAUGGUAGAAGUAUCCUGCAUAUAGCUUGUCUCAAUGGGAAGUUUGAAGUUUGUGAGUAUUUAAUUGAGAAUUAUCCCAAUCUGUCAGACGUCAGGGAUAAAUCUAGUAACUCAGUGUUGCAUGAUGCAGCCUGGGGAGGCAAUGUUCAAAUAGUAAAACUAUUGAUUGAGAAAAAGAUGGACAUCAAUGUCAUACAGGAAGAGGGUGAAACAGUUUUACAUCAAUGCUGCCGCUCUGGUAAAAUAGAGAUGUGUGAGUAUCUGGUCAACCAUUUUCCAGAUUUAUUAGAGAUAAGGGACAAUGACGGAUGGACAGUGUUACAUUCAGCUUGCAGUGGUGGAAGUGUAGAUAUAAUUUCUUUUCUAUUAAAAAAAGGAUUGGACAUCAAUGUUUUGUCAAAUGUUGGUGAAAGUAUAUUGCAUAUUGCUUGCCUAAAUGGUAAACAUGAUGUUUGUGGGUUUUUAUCAACAAAUCACCAAGACUUGUUAGCAGCCUGGGGAGGCAAUGUUCAAAUAGUAAAAGAUAAUUGA